AUGCUGCCCGGGCUGUGCGAAUCCCUCUCCACCCUUUCUCUGUUUGCUGAAGCGAAGCACCUGAGGAAGCCUCUCCCGGAGCAGGACCUGCCGCUGCCGCAGGAGCCGGCUGCGACCCCAGCCUGCAGCCACGCCGAGGAGGAGCCUGUGGUCCGCGGAGCUCCCGGCCGAGGUUCAGCUCCUUGCUGCCCCAGAGGAAUGAGGCAGCAGAAAGGAGUGAGCCUGAGGGACGUGGAGGUGCCUGGCACGCAGCAGUUCCUGCAGCUGAGGGCACACCGGGGGGGCAGCCUGGAAGACAGGUGGCAGGUCAGCAGCAGCUGUGCCUCAGGUCGCAUCGUGGCUCUGGAGUGCUCAGAGUGUGGGCAGCGCCCUGGUGCCCCGCGGGUGGUCGGGGGCAGGGACGUGCCCCUGGGCCGCUGGCCCUGGCAGGUCAGCCUGUACCAGGGCUCCCAGCAUCACUGUGGAGGCUCCGUGGUGGCACCGGAGUGGAUCGUGACGGCAGCUCACUGCGUGCACAGUUCCAGGCCGCUGCCAGCCUCCCCCUGGCGGGUACUGGCGGGCAUGGUGUCGCACAGCUCAGUCGGGCAGCAGGCUGGGGUGCCCGUGCAGAAAGUCAUCUCCCACCCCCUCUACAACGGCAGCAGCCUGGACUAUGACAUCGCCCUGCUGAAGCUCCAGGGCCCCCUGCGCUUCUCAGAUGCCAUCCGAGCUGUGUGUCUGCCACCCUUGCAGCAGGACCUCCUCCAGGGCACGCAGUGUUGGGUCUCUGGCUGGGGCUACACCAGACCAGACCAAGGGCAGGUUGCUGGCACUCUGAAGGAAGCUCUGGUUCCCUUAAUUGGCACCAAGAGGUGCAACAGCUCCUGCAUGUACCGUGGCGAGCUCAGUGCCAGGAUGCUGUGUGCUGGGCACCCCCAGGGCAGGGUUGAUGCAUGUCAGGGGGACAGUGGUGGCCCCCUGGUGUGCCAGGACAAGCUGACCUGGCGCCUGGUGGGCAUUGUGAGCUGGGGCCAGGGCUGUGCCGAGCCCAACCGCCCUGGGGUGUACACCAACGUGGCUCAGCUGCUGCCAUGGAUCCACCACACCAUUGAGCUCUACUAGGAACAAAGCAAGGAGAAGGCUUCAGCAAGCAGCACUUUGCCCUUCCCGAGUGAAGAGCAGCCCAGGGCUCA